GACCUAUUUUUACAAAGCAUUUAUUCUUUCUACCAAAACAAAAUUCGUUAAAAUAUAGUAACAAACAAACAGAAUCCUAGACCUAGUUCAUUAAAUUAACCUUUGAAUUUCUCAAGUCUAAGGCUUUCCCACAACCCACCCUCUCCUCUAUCCACCUCUUUCUCUCUAUUAACACCAUUUUAUUUAUUAGUUAGUUUAAAUCAAAAUCAAUUCUUGAAACCUUUUUGUCUGUGAAAAGUGAAAACUAUUAAACCCAAAAGAAGAAGGAGUGGCCACCACCUCCAACCCAUUCCUCCAAGAAACAACAAGAUUCCCACAUUACAGCAAAAAAGAAAAAGCAAAAAGUACCAUAACCAAGUCACCACUCACCAACCAUUUCAAUUUAAUUUUUCUCUUUUUAAAUAAUAAAGAAACCCUAACUUUUUUGUUCCCUCUUCAUCCCGAACACCAUUACACACCACCACCAUUUUUAACAGCAAUUGCAGCACAAUGCUCCAUUUUCCGACGAAACCCUAAUACCCAAAUUUCCAACCCGCAAAUCGAAGAACCCUGAAAAAUACACCAAGGUAGCUGCAAUUGGCCUCAAAUUUCGAUUCAAACUUGCGAGAAGAAUAGUGGGCACGUUCCAAAAUCCUACAUUUUCCGCCUCUUUCCCGAGAAAAAAAAAAUAUUUUCCGAGCUGAGAGCAGAAAAUGUCGCACAUAGACAGCGCUCCUUCGACGCCAGGCAAGGUCAAGAUGGAGAAAUCAUCGUACUUCUUCACGCGCGGAGGCGGCGCGCGUUGGCACUACUCGCUCGCCAAGCUCACGGUCUGGUCAUUCGCCUUCUUGGCCCUCAUCUUGAUCUUCUUCCUCCGAUCGCCGGCGCCGUCGGCGAUCACCUCCGCGGCUGACCCGUCGCGCCGGUCAUUGAGGAACUACAAUUGGGCUGCCGGUUUCGUAGGGACCCACGUCUCGUCGGCGCUGAAGCGCCGGGGAGAUGGGGUCCUCGGCAUUGACAAUUUCAAUGACUACUAUGACCCUUCUUUGAAGCGUGCGCGGCAAGCUUUGUUGGAGCGCACUGGUGUGUUCAUUGUGGAAGGUGACAUCAAUGAUGAAGCUUUGCUGAGGAAGCUCUUUGAGGUUGUUCCAUUCACACAUGUUAUGCAUUUGGCUGCUCAAGCUGGUGUGAGGUAUGCUAUGGAGAACCCUGGCUCUUAUGUGCAUAGUAACAUUGCUGGUUUUGUUAAUUUGCUUGAGGUUUGUAAGAGUGUGAAUCCACAACCUGCUAUAGUUUGGGCUUCUAGUAGCUCAGUUUAUGGGUUGAACACUAAGGUGCCAUUUAGUGAGAAGGAUAGGACUGAUCAGCCUGCUAGUUUGUAUGCUGCGACAAAGAAGGCCGGUGAGGAGAUUGCACACACCUAUAAUCAUAUAUACGGGCUAUCGUUGACUGGGUUGAGGUUCUUUACGGUUUAUGGUCCGUGGGGUAGACCUGACAUGGCCUACUUCUUCUUCACUAAGGAUAUAUUGAAGGGGAAGCAGAUAGCGAUCUUUGAGGCCGCAAAUCAUGGGACGGUUGCAAGGGAUUUCACAUACAUAGAUGAUAUUGUGAAGGGUUGUUUGGGGGCGUUGGAUACUGCCGAGAAGAGCACCGGGAGUGGGGGGAAGAAGAGAGGGCCGGCGCAGCUGAGGGUGUUCAAUUUGGGGAAUACUUCACCUGUGCCUGUUAGUGAACUUGUGAGCAUUUUGGAGAGGCUGUUGAAGGUUAAGGCAAAGAGGAACAUCAUGAAGUUGCCGCGGAAUGGGGAUGUGCAGUAUACCCAUGCGAAUAUUAGCUACGCGCAGAGGGAGCUUGGGUAUAAGCCUACGACGGAUCUGCAGACUGGCUUGAAGAAAUUUGUUCGGUGGUACCUGAAUUACUAUUCUGAUGGGAAAAAAGCUGUUGAGUGAUGGGAUUCUUUCGACCGUGUGGCAGGAUCUUUUGAAUUCUUGUUCAUUAUGAUUCUUGUGAUUGUUCCUUAGCAUUUCUCUGUUUGUUGCACGAUCACCCAUGUUACAUACAUGUCGAAGAUGGCAUAUGAAGAGGGAAAUUUGUUUCCUACACUAAGGAAAUUUUGUUGUUGUUGUUGGAGAUUUAUGCCUGGGCAUCAAUUUGCAGUGUCAAAGAAAACACGAAACAUCACAUUCUUCUCUUCUAUUCUUUCGCCCUGAAUGUAAUUGUUGUAGUUUUAGAAAAAAUGUAGCAUUUAUGACUGAUAGAGCAUAUGCUGAUUGGUGGCGGUGUAUAAUUGUUAAGAAAGCUUAGUAAAAUCACACAAUAGUUUGAUUUCCAGUUCUCGGACUGAACGAAUCAAUAAGACUUGUAUUUUAUUUGGAUAUGUAAUUUUUCUGCUAUAAAUGGACUCCUGUAUUGAUAAUUCUGUGUCUAUACUACUUUUCUUGUUGCUAA